AUGGCGUCGACGGCCGUGGCGGACGCGAACGGCGGGGGAUUCGGGGUCGGGGCCGCCGGAGUGGGGCAGGUCCUCGACGGCUCCAACCCGGCCAUCGUCCGGCUCCGGCAGCUCGUCGACGGGCCCCAGUCCUCAGAGGGGUGGAGGCGGUGCUGGGAGCAGGGCGUGACGCCGUGGGACCUGGGCCAGCCCACGCCGGCCGUCGUCAAGCUGGUGCAGUCCGGCACCCUCCCCGCCGGCGGCGCCACCGUGCUCGUCCCGGGAUGCGGCGGGGGGUACGACGCGGUGGCCCUGUCCGGCGGCGGGCGCUCCGUGGUGGGCCUCGACGUCUGCGACGCCGUCAUCCAGAGGGCCAGGCAGCGGUCGUCCGCGUCGGACGUGGCCUUCGUCAGCGCCGACUUCUUCACCUGGGCGGCGCCGGAGCCCUUCCAUCUCAUCUUGGACUACACAUUCUUCUGCGCCCUUGACCCGUCGGUGAGGCCGGCGUGGGCGGCGAGGAUGGAGGAGCUGCUGCGGCCGGACGGAGAGCUCAUCACCCUCAUGUACCUGCCCCAAGACCAGGACUCGGGGCCACCGUACAACACCACAGUGCUCGACUACGAGGAGGUGCUCAACCCCCUGGGCUUCGUCAUCGAGUCGAUCGAAGACAACGAUGUUGCAGUCGAGCCACGCAAGGGGCUGGAGAAGAUCGCAAGGUGGAAGAAGACGGCAGCUGGAGCCGAAACGUCCACAACAGACAAGCCCUCUGAUAAUCUAUAG